AUGGAUUUAAAAUCUCUGGACCGGUACUUUUUGAUUGGCGAAAGCGACCAGAAAAAUCACCAGCGUCUCUUUAACCUUGACCUGUUGCAGGAGUUUCUGAUCGAAAAUGGCUGUAUCAACCCGACCACGUCCUUCUUCCACUGUCAGGUGUACCUCUACCAGCAGUACCACGGCCAGACGAGGAAGAAAAAGCGGAGUCUCACCGAGGCCGAACUCCACCUGAUGAUCGCCCUGGUGAGCGGCACCUUUGACCUUUUUGAUGCACGGCUGAGAAUGACGACAGAUACAGAAACAAAUCAAAGCCAAAUGACCCAUCCACUGACGGACUACUUCAUCGCCAGCUCUGCCACCAGUGAGUCCAUCUUAUCGGCAGUUAACCGAUCACGCAAAUGGAAGCUGCACUUGUUGAGCGAUUUUGCAAAAAAGAGUUAUCUGUUGAAGCAGUACCGGAAGCUUCUGGAGGCGGGCUGUCGAUGUCUGGAAAUUGAAGUCUGGGACAACCGAGAUGUUCGUCAAAUAAGAAAUCAGAAAAAAGGUUCAACAGACUCGCUGCUGAUCAGUCUGUCCAGCGUCCUCACAGAGAUCAACUCCUUUGCAGUGGCGCAACAGAAUCUCAAAGAAGGAGUUGCGCAUCUUCCUAUUAUUCUCUCCAUUGACAUUAAGGGCAGACGGCUCAGUCACUCCACUGAAGCACAGGAGAAAUUAGCUCACCAACUAAAAAGUAUCUUCAAGGAGCGCCUGUACACUGAACCGGUGGAAAGUAGCACUGAAUCGACUCGAAUUCCCUCUCCUGAAAAGCUGAAAAAUUACGUUCUUGUGAAGGCGGUCAAGAAAAUCGUUGAUGCUGACAGUGAUGAUGAUGAUGAUGAUGGUGAUAAAGAAGAGGAAAAUAAGGAUCAUGUUCAUAAAAUGACAGGUAGUGAUAAAGUACAUUUAGUCGUGGUCACCGGAAAAAGUCUGAUCAUCAAGAGGAGAUUUCUGGUGACAGAGGCAGCUGCAGCAGAAGCAGCAAAAGAAGCAGCAGAAGCUGCUGCAAAAAAAGCAGAAGAAGCAGUUGCAAAAGUAACAACAAAAGCAGCCAGCACUGAUGAUAAGGAUGAUAAUGAUGGUGAGGAUGUUGAUGAUAAAGAAGACCCAAAGAACACACCCAAAUCUCCUAAUAUUUCCCUGCCCUCAGCACAUUCCCUAAUCGGCCUGACCAACUACUUUACCACUUAUCCUCUUAAAGACGAUCUCAACUUUCAAAACCUUCUUCAGAGCACCGCUUUCAACGAAACAAUUUCCGCUGAUGAGAGCACAUUUUGGAAGGUUUUUAGUGCUGACACAGCUGGUGAAAGUUCCGAAAGUGCUGAAAGUGCCGACAGUAAUAAAAGUCCUGCUCAACCGCCCACUGCCAGCAUUGACCACUUUUCCACGCUCACCCAAAGUCGCCUGGUGCACGUCUACAAGGACAUCACCAUACCUGAUCAGAUCUACGAUCCACUUCGUCUGUGGGCGGCAGGAGUUCAGCUAGUGUCUGUAAAUUGGAAUCUCCAGAGCAAAACAAGAAGGCAUUCUGCCUAUAAAACUCUCGAUGACGGCAUUCCGGCGGCGCUCAAUGAGGCGCUCUUUGAACUGGUUGACCCACAAAACUGUGGAUAUCUGCUUAAACCGCCGUGGUUGAUCUCAUCAUCAUCACCCUCGUCAUCACCCUCAUCAUCACCCUCCUCAUCACCAUCAUCUUCAGUACCGAAAACCCAGCUCGAAAUCACCAUCUGCUCGGCAGUAUUUCCCGCCCUUAAGAAGCGAUGGUUCACCGGUGAUCAUCAGCAGGAGGAGUUUGCCGUCGAG